AGCCAAGUGGGCCCUUUUCCCUUCCGUCAUUUCUCUUGCCCAACCCGACGUUCCCACUCUGUUGCAAAACGAGAGGAAGCCGCCGAGUCUAGCCCGGGGAAAAAAGACAAUGCAUUGUGCCGCCGCGCCGUUGUCGUGACAUGUCGCCGCCCGCGCCAUUGUGACGACUCAACGAGAUGAUGGAGUGGAGUGCCGCGCCGCCGCAUCACGAUUUCGACAUUGAUAGGCGCGCUUUUCUGAACCAGAGCGAUGAUCCCAGAAUCGGGUCAACCCGCGACAACAGCACCAGCGGCACUGCCAGCACCCUGGCAAAAACUGCCACCCAGUCUGGCACCAACUCGGCGUCGCUAACGUCGCUGGGCAGCACCUUUGUGCCCGUCAUCAUCUACUCGGCCAUAUGCCUAGCCAUCUUCUUCACCUUUCGCCGGAAAUGUCCCCGCGUCUAUGCGCCCAGGACGCUGCAGACCCUGCGCGGGCCAGAGCAUCCGAGCCCCAGGCUCCCGAAUGGCUGGGUCAACUGGAUCAAACCUUUCUUUGCCAUUAAGGACGACUACAUCCUCAACCACUGCACCCUAGAUGGUUUCUUCUUUCUCCGCUUCCUCCGCAUCAUCUCCAUCAUAUGUCUGGCCGGAGCUUGCCUCGCCUGGCCCAUCCUGCUCCCCAUCCACGGCACUGGCGGCUUCGGUCUGCAGGAGCUGGACCUCUUGACCAUUGGCAACAUCAAGCUCUCCGACCGCUUCUAUGCCCAUGUGGCUGUGGCCUGGUGCUUCUUUGGUUUCGUGCUAUUUACCGUCUGCCGGGAAUGCAUCUACUACAUUAACCUGCGCCAGGCUUAUCUCCUGUCGCCAAACUACUCCAAGCGUCUUUCAUCGCGUACAGUUCUGUUCACAUGCAUCCCCAGGCCGUACCUCGAAGAGGCCAAGUUGCGCAAGCUGUUUGGCGACUCGGCGAAGAACAUCUGGAUCCCGAGGAAUACGAGCCGCCUGCGGGGGCUUGUCGAUGAUAGGAAGUCGACGGCCGACCGCCUGCAAAAGGCCGAGGUUCAGCUGAUUCGGAUGGCAAACGCGGCUCGCAACAAGCAUCUCAAGAAGCAUCCCGAAGCGCUACCUCCACACCUUCCAGGCUCCAACGCCUCCGGUAGCAAGACUCCCGGGUCCCGCAUCUCCACGCAAGAUUCCAGCCACGGCGAUGAGGAAAAGGGUAAGGCUGACUCUGCCGUCCGCUUCGCGGAGCGCCAGCUCUCUGCGCUGGACGCAAUUUCGUUAGAAACCCAGGCAGAUCCAGAGUAUACACACCCGUACGGACUCGAACCCUCGUUGCCCGACGUCAGGGGCUCUGUAGCCAGUCUUUGGAUACCGGCCGAGGCCCGGCCGCACCACCGCCCCAUCGCAAACUUUGGGCGUCGCGUCGACACUAUAAGAUGGUCGAGGGCGAGACUGAAGGCUUUGAAUAGGGACAUUUGGAAGCUGCGGCGGAAGCACCGCGGGGGCGACGGCGCGCCACUCGACGCCGCCUUCAUCGAGUUUGAAUCGCAGGCCAGCGCGCAGGUGGCCUUCCAGACCCUGGCGCACCACCAGCCGCUGCACAUGUCGCCUCGUUACAUCGGCAUCCAGCCCCAGGAGAUCAUAUGGAGCGCCUUCCGCAUCAAGUGGUGGGAGCUGAUCAUGCGCCGCUUCUUCAUGAUGUCCGCCAUCACCGCCGCGAUCAUCUUCUGGUCAAUCCCGUCUGCGCUCGUGGGCACCAUCUCCAACAUCCACAAGCUGAGCCAGAUGGUCUUCUUUCUGAACUGGAUCGAGCUCCUCCCGACCACCAUUACGGGAGUGAUCGAGGGUCUGCUGCCGGCGUUGGCGCUGUCGUUGCUGAUGGCGGCCGUUCCUGUGAUGCUCAGGGGGUGCGCUAGAGUUGCGGGCGUACCUUCGCACGCGCUGGUUGAGCUCUACGUCCAGGGAGGCUACUUUGCCUUUCAAGUCGUCCAAGUUUUCAUCGUGACGACGCUCACGUCUGCGGCGUCUUCUGCAUUCGAGGACAUCCUGAAGGACCCCCUCUCGGUCAAGGAUCUGCUGUCCCAGAAUCUCCCCAAAGCCUCAAACUUUUACCUGUCGUAUAUCCUUGUUCAGUGUCUUGCAGCCGGCGCGAACAAUCUCUGCAAUGUCGUCGAUCUUUUCCGCCACGAAGUCUUGGGGAAAAGUACCAUUAACCCGAGACGGCAAUUCGAGCGGUGGCGGAAGCUCCGCCCGGUGCACUGGGGCUCCGAGUACCCGAGGAUUACCAAUAUGGGAGUUAUAGCUAUCAGCUACUCUUGCAUAGCUCCCCUGAUCCUCGUCUUUGGCGGGCUUGGGAUGGAAUUUCUGAGAAUUGUGUACCGGUACAAUCUCAUCUAUGUCUUCGAUUCAGACUUUGACACCAAAGGGCUCUUCUACCCCCGAGCACUGUUGCAGCUCCUGAUCGGGCUGUACGUGGCGGAGAUCUGUCUCAUCGGGCUCUUUGCACUUAAGAUUGCCAUCGGGCCGAUGCUGCUCAUGAUCCUGUUCCUCGUCUUCACGGGGCUCGUGCACAUGUCGCUCAGCGACUCUCUGACGCCCCUCCUCAACAACCUCCCCCGCACGCUCGCCAUGGAAAAGGACCACGGGCCGAUCGAAGACCCGAUCCCCGCGGCGCAGACCCCCAGCAGCCAGCCGAGGCCCGAACACUCGGGCGGGCUCGCGGCCAACUACUACGACGAGGACGAGCACUUUGGCGACGAGCCCGAGCCGCCGCCGCUCGAGACCAUGGACACGGACACGCAGAUGCGCGGCAUCGAGGGCAGCAGCAGCAUCAAGUACGCCGUGGCCGAGUGGACCAAGUCGGCCAUUAAGGCGCGCUUCAAGCCCGACAACGACGACCAGUCCGGGCUGACGCGCGUACUAGCACAAAUCAAGGCGUGGAUCACGCCCGACCCGGCGCGCAAGCCCAACUUCAUCAUGCUAUGGCUGCACCCCGAGACGUACCAGGACUUCCGCGCGCUGCAGGCCACCGUCAACCCGGGGCCCGACGACGUCGAGCUGCCGCCCGACUACGUGCGCCGCGUCUACCAGCCGCCCGAGAUGUGGCGCCCCGCCCCGCGGCUGUGGCUGCCCAAGGACGGCGCCCGCGUCAGCCGCCAGGAGCUCGCCCACAGCAAGGACGCCAUCGUCGCCUCCGACCAGGGUUGUUGGCUCAACGACAAGGGCCGCGUCGUGUGCGACCACGAGGCCUCGCCGCUGCACGAGCCCGUGAUACUGUACUAAAGACAAUGUGUGAGAUGGGCGGCGUUUUCGGCGAUGGGUGCAUAGAAUUGACGACGUUACGCUGUCCGUAUUUAUAUAGCGAACUACUAUACCCCGAGAUGCUGCUACUAGGUAUGCUAAUUAGCCGGGGCGUGGGCGGUG